UUAAACGUCAUAAUUUAUACCUAAUGUACUUACUGUUUAAGUUGUUGCGGACCCGGACACUUCCGAAGUCGUAUUGAAGAACUCGAUGGAGAAAGGCUACGUGACUCAAUUCACUCGCACGGUAAUCGGGAACGGCAGUAUAUUUGCUCCAGUGGACAUAUGGCGACCGCGACGAAAAAUUUUAGCUCCUGCCUUUAGUAUGAAGAAUCUAAACCAAUUUGUAAAAGUGUUUAAUAAACAAAGCAUGAUCAUGGCCGACAUGCUGGAGCCGAUGGCUGGAGGCGCUGAUUUCUCCGUCUGGUCAUAUUUUAACACUUACACGUUCGAUUCAGUUUGCGAGACCACCUUAGGCAUUGAUUUAAACAGCCAAAAGAACCCAGAGCACAGUUUUCUCGCGGCCUUCGACUGGCUGUCGCAAGACAUGGCAAAGCGAAUGACGUCCCCGUGGCUGCAUCCGGACUUCGUCUAUCAGCGGCUGCCGACGUACAAGAAGUUUGUGUACCACAGACAAAACAUGCAUGACUUUUUUGACGAGAUAAUACAAAUGAAACGCAAAGAGCUUGACGCGAUUCAGCAAGGAGGAAAGAAAACAAUCAGCACAAGAACUUUCUUCGACAUGAUAAUAGAGUCAUCCGGUCGCCUCGAGCGGAGGUACUCCGACCUGGAGUUGCGCGAGGAACUGAUGAUGAUCGUGAUGGCGGGCACCGACACCUCCGCCGUGGGCGCCUCCUUCGCUGCCGCCAUGCUGGCUCGCCAUCCCCACAUCCAGGAGAAACUACACAACGAGUUAGAUAUGAUAUUCGGUGACUCGAACCGUGAUUUGACCGAGGAAGAUUUGCCGAAACUCAAAUACAUGGAGGCGGUCGUCAAAGAGACUUUACGGUUGUAUCCUCCAGUGCCCAUCACGGCGAGGGAAGUCACCGAUGAUGUGACAUUACCUUCUGGCACAACGUUGGUGAACGGGGUGACUGUGUUACUGAACAUCUGGGCGAUACACCGCAACCCCACCUUCUGGGGUGCUGACGCGGAGCAGUUCCGCCCGGAGCGCUUCCUGGAGGGGCCGCUCAAGCACCCCUCACAGUUCCAGCCCUUCUCGCUGCUCAUGAGGAACUGCCUUGGAUACAAGUACGCUAUGAUGUCGACGAAGACUAUGUUGGCCAACAUGCUGCGCCGCUACAGGAUAUUGCCGCCUUCCCACAUGGACGAACACGAGCUCCAGGAACCAUUGAAAGUCUCAUACGACGUCAUGAUGAGGGACAUAGAUGACUACCCAAGUAGCACAGAUAGCUCUAUAACUAAUCACUUUUAGUUCUAUCUAACGCUCUGCGCGUAUUAAGACACUUAUAACAGCACUAUCGUGGUCCUACAGCUGUAUAAUAGAUCUCAGUGAUAUUUAUAUAGCUUAGGGCUGAUUAAAAGCUGCAUUACCGCUCUGAAAACUACCAUUAAUACGCAAAGAGUGAUAUAAAGGUAUAUUUGCUACGACCCUAUACAGCUUUAAGGGUUAUCAAAUGCUUUAACCGUUAUAAGGUCUGUUUAGUGGAUAAAAUUACGCUAUGUGCUGUAUAAGGAGGUAAUUGUGGACUUUUAUUACGUUGACUUAUUAAGGGAGCACAAGUGAACUAUUAUGAAGCUAAUAGACGUAUAAUGGAACAUAUGUGGCACAUAAUACAGCUUGUCGCUGAACAUGUUUACCGCUAAGCAGCUUUUAUUACGCUGACUUUUAAGGGAGCACGAGUGAACUAUUAUGAAGCCAAUAGACGUAUAGUGGAACACACGUGGCGCAUAAUACAGCUUAUAGCUGAAUAUGUUUACCGCUAAGCAGCUUUUAUUAUUCUGACUUUUUAAGGAAGCACGAAUGAACUAUUAUAAAGCCAAUAGACGUAUAAUGGAACACGUGGGGCGCAUAAUACAGCUUAUCGCUGAACAUGUUUACCGCUAAGCAGCUUUUAUUACGCUGACUUGUAAGGAAGCACGAGUGAACUAAUAUGAAGCCAAUAGACGUAUAAAUGGAACACAUGUGGCGCAUAAUACAGCUUAUAGCUGAACAUGUUUACCGCUAAGCAGCUUUUAUUAUUGUGACUUUUUAAGGAAGCACAAAUGAACUAUUAUGAAGCCAAUAGACGUAUAAUGGAACAUAUGGGGCGCAUAAUACAGCUUACCACUGAACAUGUUUACCGCUAAAGCAGCUUUUAUUUCGCUGACUUAUUAUAAGGGAGAACGAGUGAACUAUUAUGAAACCAAUAGACGUAUAAUCGAACACAUGUGGCGCAUAAUACGGCUUAGCGCUGAACAUGUUUACCGUUAAGCAGCCUAUAUACUACCAUUGAGACUAUCUGCAUAGCGGCUGUUUAAACGUUCACAAGAUGCCUUAUAACUGUUUAGAGGUUCACUAGUGUAUUGAAAUAACGACUUGGACUUUAUAGUGGUUCACUUAAGUAUCUUUAUCAGUCGUAUGCUGCAUAUUAGAAUUUUAAUGGUUCACGUUGCUUUUUAACAUUGACCGCCAUUUUAUCGUAGAUAACCUACAAAAUUGGUAUUACUUUUUCAACUUUUAAGGGUAAUAAUAUUUUUUUGUGCAUGAGUUCUUAACCUAAAUCAUUAGUUUAGUACUUUCUAUAACUUAUUAUUAACUUUUUAUCUCAUAAUUCUGUCCAAACCACUGAGAUAGUUUUUAUACAUAGCUUAUUUAUAUGAUUAAUUUAAAUAAAUACUGAUUAUUUUCGUGGCGCACUGAAAUUUUCUUAGAUAAUGUAUAUAUAUAAUGUCAAUAAACUUGCAUUCCCAAACAUCUUUCUCGCAUUAAUAUAUAAAAGAUCAUGUAUAACUAAACACUUUAACAAAAUGACUUAUGGUGUCGUUGCGCUUGACGUUUUCGCUUCAGUAUAAAUAUGUUCACCUCUGCGUUCGUCGUCAAUGUCACUAUACUAAAUAAUAGCUGUUUUUUAAGGCAGAGGUGUAA